CCAAGAAACAUGCAUUAAAUAUACUCAAACAUUUACAAACCCAAGCAUAUAUAACCACCAAAUACUCCAUAUCAAAUUAUCAAUAGCAAUAAUGGAUUCCAUAUCAAAUCCUCAACCUAUUAUACAAGUAAUUAUAGUAGAACCAAAGUCAUUACCAAGCAAUAUAAACAAUAACACUCAAACCAACAAUCCCAUUAACAUUUAUGAACAUUUCACAAACACAAUAUUAUCCAAAUUCCAUGGAGGGUAUUUUAGAAUAUGUUUUUCAUUAAGUGCUCAAGCAUUACUAUGGAAAACCCUAAUACAAUUCAUCAAAAACAACCAUUAUCACCAUCAUGAUCAUCAUCAUGAUGAUUAUUUCCCAUAUGAUCAUCAUCCACAACAUUAUUUUAAUCUCCAUAUACUACCAUCCUUAGCUUGUACACUCUUAUGGUCAAUAUCUUUAGGGAUACUACUCUCAUUUUCUAUUCUUUAUACCCUUAAAUGUUUUUACCACUACCCCAAAGUUAAAGAUGAAUUUUUACACCAUGUGGGUGUUAACUACCUCUUUGCUCCAUGGAUUUCUUCCCUUUUACUUCUCCAAACUUCACCAUUUAUUCUUCCAUGGAAAAACAACAAUAUUUAUACACAUAUACUCUUUUGGGUGUUUGUAAUUCCAAUUAUAAUCUUAGAUAUUAAGAUUUAUGGACAAUAUUUUACAAAAGGGCAAAGAUUUUUGUCUAGGGUUGCAAACCCUACAUGUCAAUUAUCAGUUAUAGCAAAUUUAGUUGCUUCAAAAGUUGGUAUUGAAUUGGGAUGGUUUGAGAUUGGAUUGUGUUUGUUUUCAUUAGCUAUGGUUCAUUAUUUGGUGUUGUUUAUAACACUUUAUCAAAGAUUUCCAUGUAGUGAUGGUGUUUCAAUGAGAUUAAGGCCAGUUUUCUUCUUGUUUAUAGCUACUCCAAGUAUGGCUAGCUUAGUUAUGGCUUCCAUUAAUGGUGGAUUUGGUGAAGGUUCUAAGAUGCUUUUCUUUCUAUCCAUCUUUCUAUUCAUGUCCUUGGUAUGUCGACCAACAUUAUUCAAGAAGUCGAUGAGAAAGUUCAACAUAGCAUGGUGGGCGUACUCGUUUCCUCUCACAAUACUGGCACUGGCGUCAAUCGACUAUGCCCAACAACUCGACAACGGUUUGGCUCAGACGCUUGCUCUUGUGCUAUCAACGUUGUCUAUAUUGGUCACCUUGGCUUUGAUUGUCCUUACUACUUUCAAAAUCAACACACUCUUCCUUCGUACUCAAACAACCGAUACCUUUACUAGCUAGAAAAUGUAUUCUUGGUUCUUUCAUAUUAUUGGCGGAUACACCUAACUUUCCCGCCAUUCUUUCUUUCAUUCAAUUUCGCUUUUCCUUAUCGCAUUUCUUACUAGCAAGUAAUGUAUAACUUCCUUGUACAGAACAAAUGUAUUUAGCAUAAUCUCAUUUAAUAAAGAAUGGGUCAAAACUCGGUUCAA